CACGCCGGGGGCCUGUCAUGGGGCGGGUGAAGGAGGCGGUGGCCGAGUGGGGCGGCGCCUGGGGCAGCCUCCAGGGUCCGCUCUGCCAUUCCUGAACUGGUCCGGGUCCCCGUGACCGUGGCUUCAGGGAAGCGAACUGUUAGGCGAAGGAGGAGGCACUCAGAGCCAUAUCCCCUUCUUCCCCGGGGCGGGGGCCGGGCCUGGCCGGCUGCGGCGGGGGAGGGCCGGGAGGGCGCCAGGCCGAGGCGGCCUGUCUGCGGAGAUGGAUGACAGCAAGGUGGUUGGAGGCAAGGUGAAAAAGCCUGGUAAACGAGGGCGGAAGCCAGCCAAGAUUGACUUGAAAGCAAAACUUGAGCGGAGCCGACAGAGUGCAAGAGAAUGCCGGGCCAGGAAAAAGCUGCGGUACCAGUACUUGGAGGAGUUGGUGUCCAGUCGGGAAAGAGCCAUAUGUGCACUUCGAGAGGAACUGGAAAUGUACAAGCAAUGGUGCAUGGCAAUGGACCAAGGGAAAAUCCCUUCUGAAAUAAGGGCCCUACUCACUGGAGAGGAGCAGAACAAGGCUCAGCAGAACUCAAGCAGGCAUCCCAAAGCUGGGAAGACAGAGGCUAACACCAAUUUGUUGCUGGGGAAUUGAACCCGUGGCUUCAGAAAUGGAAGGGUGAAGAGCAUGUAAAAUGCAGCCAGUGAUCAAAACCAAUGGUCUAAUGUCUAUGGAAGACAAAUGGCCAGGACUUUGCUUCUUGGCUCCAUUUACCUACCGCUUACUGCUCAGUAGGCAUAUCUGUAAAUCCGAAGUUUCUACCAAAAUGUGUGAUCAGACAUCACGAAGGCCUUUGCUUUAAUUUUCCACACCUAGAAGACUUGCCAACAUUCAGACCUGCUCUGUAUUGCUCUCCAUGCUGGCCAACAAGUUAUAAUGCCUGAAACCACAGGAGCAGAGGAAAGGGGAUGAAAAGCGCAUGUUUGCACCUUAGCCGUAUGGCUUCUCUGGUUAAUUUAUAUUUUCCUAUGUAAGCUGUGUGUUUGUGUGUGUGUGUGUUGAGUUGUCACUUCUCUUCAUGUUUUUAAUCACCUACAAAAACCAAAUAGGCUGUGUUGUUUCCUGUGGUUCUCAGCCUUGAUGGACCCAAUGUUACUCCUUUCUAUUUACUUGAGUAAUGUUUGACCGUCUGUGAGCCAUUCCAGCAUAAGCUGUGAGUUCAUAUUAACAGAUAUAUACAUUUCUAUUUUUAUAAUCCAUAGUGAUAUGCCUGUUUUAAAGAAUGUUCAUAAGAAAUGCAACAAGAAAGCCCCAGACAGCCUCUUUGUGCUGUUUCCUCAGACUGUGUUUAUGAAAGUUGGCCUGGGCCAAAUCCAUGCUUGGAGAAUUAGCCAUGUUUUAUUUUUAGGUGAAAAGUAACCUUUCAGUAGCAUUCAUUAUCUUAACCUGCAGUAGGUGUGUGCACAUGUGUUUCUGUUGUAUGUCUACAUGUACAUGGGUAGAAGUAGACAGGAGUGAAUGUUCAUACACAUUUGCUUGUGUACUCAACUAUGGCAUGGGAUAUUUUUCUGAAGAACACAGAAUGCAACUAGCUGCUGAGACUGAGUGUCCGUGUCCUGUCCAGAGCAUGGGCACACUGCUGGCAACGCUAACGGCUGCUGCAGUUGGCAGAAUACUCAGUCUCCUCCUGACAUGAGUGUCCUUAUGAAUGUGUUCUGAGCCGGAAAGAAGCCGACUGUGUGCUGGUCCCCACUUCAGCCUGUGCCUCCACUGUGCAGCGUGGGGCCUGGCGGGUGUGGGGAGGGGCAGGCAGCUCUGUCACAGCCACACUUCCAUGGCCUGGAGUGAGGGUCGAGGGCAGCGCCCACAGUCGGAUACCGAGAGAUGAGGACUCUACUUCUUCAGUCUUGCUACUUUGGCCAGAUGCCCUGUUCUCUGUUGCUGCUAAAUUAGAAUUGGUCCUCACGCUGAUGAGGCAGGAACUUAGCUUCCAAAAAAGAAGUGUUUGCCACAGACUGGCAGUUGAGGAGGAGGUAUCAUAGUCUUCAGGCAUGUCCAACCUUUGACGUUGUGACUUGAAGCCUGAGAACUGAAUGUUUUAAGUGAGUUUACAGUUUUGUGCUAGGACACAUUUCCUAGCUAUUCUGAGGCAUGUGCAGCCUGCAAGCCAUGGCUCAGACAUGCCUGGCAGGUUGUCUGUGAGGUGGAACAUGAGAUGGAUCUUUUGGCAGGCAUUUAAACAAAUGCUUCCCCUUAGCCUAAAGAUCCCUUGAGCUCAAGCUUCAAACUUAGGUGUGUAUGACCACUGACAGACCACUAGCCCAGCUUGCUGGGUUCUCUGUGCUUAAGAAAAAUGGACAUUUAAGGAUAUUUAAUGUCUUCUUAGGACCAUAAAUGUAGACAAAGGAUUGUUGAUAUUCAGGCCCUUCAGAAUUUAAGUGUUUUUAAAUAUGGUGUUCAGACUGUAAUGGGUGUGUUCUCAGUCUACUCAGUCAUAUUCUUUUUACUUUGCAGAACAGCCCAUGACUUUAUGUUGCUUUGUGCAGUACCUUUUGAAUUCUCUAAGUUGUUUUCAAAGCAAACAUUCCAUGAUGAAUGUGGCUCCUCAGUGGCAUGUCUGCGUUGUGCUUGAAGAUUCUGCAGGUUCUGGUUGUAAUUGCAGCGUCAGCCCCAAGUAGAGGAGAUGGACUGUGGAGUGAGAUUUCAUUGCACUUUGAGUCUGUUCGUGUGUCUAGAUGGCUUUAGUGUUCUGGAGUAAUCAAGCCAAGAGAAUGAAUGGCCCUUGGUGGUGAGUGCUCUGGGAACUCUGCUGGCCCCUCUCCCUCAGAGCCUGGGAUUGCAUCUCUGGUCCUGAUCCAACAGCAUCUCCAUCUCCAUCCCCAUCUAGUGGCAGUGCAGACUAACUGCACUUCCUUCCCAGAGGACAGCAGCCUGCGAGGCCAGAGCCCUGGGCCAUCAUCAUCCAGGGCAGGAAGAGGCCUGUGCCUCCCUCAGCAGAGCCUGUCUCCUUUUUCUUUUGAUCUCAGAGAUUAAGGAGAAAAUAUAAUUGUGAAUUCACACCAGUCCGACUCUAUCAUUUUAGAACCCACUUCCCACAUAUUGGAGCAACCGGUGCAAUAUGGAAUUGAUCUGGUCUGGUCAACUUUUAGGCUGUAACUGAAGUUCUUAAUUUGUUUUCUAUCUUAUCUAAAAUCUUUUGUGAUACCUGAAUCAGAACCUUAUAGCAGCCGUCCCUGUGACUAUUUGCCUUGUAGACAGUGCUUAGCAUCACCAUCUAGAAUUUACCAUCUUUGAACUGUGAUGGGUUUGCUUUGGCUGGUUAUAAAAAAUACAGAUUUAGACUGGGCUUCAUUUUUAGUUAAAGGCAAGUAAAAUUAACAAAAAUCAAUAUAUUUUACAGAAAUCAGCUGCAUGUUGUUACAAAUAUUAAAGUAUAUAUUUUGUUUUUUAAAGAUGAGAGCUAAUUAAACCACAUGGUAUUUGGGGGCAAUGAAGGAUGUUUUUCUUAGAAGAGCAUUGUACAAUUAUAUUUUUUAUGAAAAAUAAAGUAUAUUCACCAAAGCA